UGUCCCAUGCCCACCAUAAUGUUUAAGGCCUCUUGGUCACUUCCCAGCCAAAAGCCCAGGGACCCUAAAACGGAGAAUCCUAGAGAACCGAGCCUUGCCAGACCAAUGGAGCCAGAUGAAUGUGCCCUUCGCUGCCCCACCAGCACAGAUGAUGGGCGACCAACUACAGGCUGGUAGAGGGUUGCCAAGGGAACCCUGGGGCCACAUUUGCUCAAUUUCCACUUUUUCCCGGGAAACAUGACCGACUCAUUCCUGGCAUAUUCCCAGCUAAGCAGAAGAGGGUGACUGGCCCGCUGGCCAGGAAAAAUCUCCUAUAAUGUCCUACUUUAGAAGAAAGAGCAGGUGGGAAGGGACGCUCUUGGGAACCAUAAUAUUCCCUGAGGCCAGAGGCAGAUGCCGGCUGCCCUUUUCACCUUCCCCUGGACGGUUAAUGACCACUCGGGAUGAUCGGGUCAGCCUGCUCACCGUGUCCCUUUAAGGCUUGUGAGGCUGUGUGUGUCCUUCAGAAACAGAGGGACGAUCGUAAAGGAUGAGAAAAAUAUCCAAGAGGUGUUUGACCUGACCGACUAUGAGAAGUGCGAAGAACUCCGGAAAUCCAAGAGCAGAAGCAAGAAAAACCACAGCAAGUUCACCCUGGCCCGAUGCAAGCAGCCAGGCACCAUGGCACCCAACCUGAUCUUCCUGGCACUGAGCCCUGAAGAGAAGGAGUCAUGGAUCAACGCCCUGAGCUCCGCUAUCACCAGAGCCAAGAACCGCAUCUUGGAUGAGGUCACCGUUGAAGAGGACAGCUACCUUGCCCACCCUACUCGAGACAGAGCAAAAAUCCAACAUUCCCGCCGCCCUCCAACUCGGGGACACCUCAUGGCUGUGGCUUCCACCUCUACCUCAGACGGGAUGCUGACCUUAGACCUGAUCCAAGAAGAAGACCCUUCCCCUGAGGAGCCAGCCUCUUGUGCUGAGAACUUUCGGGUGGAUCUAGACAAGUCUGUGGCCCAGCUAGCCGGCAGUAGACGGAGAGCCGACUCCGACCGAAUCCAGCCCUCUUCACACCGGGCCAGCAGCCUUUCUCGGCCUUGGGAGAAGCCAGACAAGGGAGCCACCUAUACCCCACAAGCCCCGAAGAAGUUGCCCUCUACAGAGAAGGGCCGCUGUGCCUCCCUGGAGGAGAUCCUAUCCCAGAGGGACACUGCCCCAGCCCGCCCCCUCCACCUUCCAGCCGAGGAAUCCCCAGCCCCCGUUCCCUCCCAGCCGGGGCAGCUGUCCCGGAUCCAGGACCUGGUAGCAAGGAAACUGGAGAAGACUCAGGAGCUGCUGGCAGAGGUUCAGGGACUGGGAGAUGGCAAGCGAAAGGCCAAGGACCCCCCACAGUCUCCACCCGAUUCGGAGUCAGAGCAGCUGCUGCUGGAGACAGAGAGGCUGCUGGGAGAGGCUUCGUCCAACUGGAGCCAGGCAAAGAGGGUGCUGCAGGAAGUCAGGGAGCUGAGAGACCUGUACAGACAGAUGGACCUGCAGACCCCAGACUCCCACCUCAGACAGGCCUCCCAGCACAGUCAGUACCGGAAGAGCCUGAUGUGAAGGGGGGAUCAGGUCUGGAAUUUGGGGGGCACAGACUCUAUAUCUCCAGAUGUUGCAGGAUAGAGCUUUUUUUAUUUACCUCAAUCAAAAAAAAAAAAUCCAACUCACUGCUCUUGCUGAUGCCUGACCCACUACGGCCCUUUCCCUGCCCCUAGACAACUCCCAGGUCAGAUGGGAGAAGGUGAGCCCUGAGGCCCAAGUCAGGAGCUCUCGCUCACUGCGCACAAGUCACCUGCUCCCAGGCCCAGCCCUAACA